AAUGUGUGACUGCCGCUCUCGACUGUGAUGCGCCAAGUUGAUGACUGGGUAGUGAUGAAUAUGGUUUGACGCUGACGAAAGACAGUUGUACACGUCGAGGAAUCCUUCCAUCAUGACAGCUUGAAGCGAAACAUCCAUUGCCAUGAUAGCAAACAGACUGUGCCGGACUGCAAUGUGACGGUCAAGACUCCUUUCUCGCCACUUGUGUACUGCAUACCAUGGGCGGCAGAGCGUGCCGCGGAAAGGCCCCUCCAAGAACCGUAAGUCGAGCACGUCAGGACUCCAUCGUCCUAGCUCCCCGUCCGGCUUCAAAGAUUUGCUACUGUACAGUACACCGUAAGCCUAUGCUCCGUGGCUCCUUACAAGUUCAACUCGAAAGCCCGGCACCGCGUAUCUUGGUCCGUGUUCGCGGCCUGCAUCACUAGCCCCCGUGGAUAGAGGGGGAUGGGGAGCUUGGGUGCUUGGAGAGGUUGUAGCCAAGAACUAAUGCGGCGCACGAACCCGACGAAGAGGGUUUCCAUCUCGAACAAUGGGAUGGACGGACGGUGUAAAUGUGGAGGGUGGAGUAAAAGUGAGAAACCGAUGCUAGACUCUACAGAAGAGGCUUUCAAAUCGCCGCCGCCGCCGUCUUCUCCGCGUGUGUUCCCCUAUACUGCCGCUAGGGUAUCGCAACGACCCCCCCCCCCCAAAGCCAACGAAACUCAUCAAGGAACGAGAAGACCGGGUGAGAAUCAAAAGACGCUCCCCGAGAAGAGACAUCUGAUUACCGAGGACUUUUGCCGCCCGUGGAAACAACACAAAAAAGAUGAGAUGACUUUUCUGGGUGAACCGCCGUAUGCUCCCAGCUCCCAAGACUUCCAAUCCCGCCCCCGACGGCUUCAUGUGAUCCGAAUCGCGCCUCGUAUCCCCCCAAUCUUUCCGCAACCCAACCCCAUCCCUUUUCGUAUGCAGGCGUCGCGCUGCAUACAACCCACCAUCAAGUCUGCAACCACCACAGAGAAGGGAGGGAACCGCUCAUCGUUCACAUCAUUAAAAAGCCAUUCGCCAAUCGCGCGCAAGAGGGUAGGUCCCUGCGAUUUCGACAACAAGAGCCUCCAUGAAAGAUCGUCCCCUCCCUCCUCUCUACGAUGUACAUGCAUACAUGCAGUCGCGAUAAUGAACGGCAAACGGCGCACGACGUCUCGCUUGGCGGGUACACCGAUUUGCAGAAGAGCCAAGAAGACCCAAGAGGUGACCAGUACUCGGGAUACAGAGACUCCGGAGUCCAUUAGUGCGAACGAGUCUGCGAUCUUCUUCGCGCUGCCGCCAUCGUUUCAAUACUGCAGCUGCUGAAUAGUGCGAAGGACUGGGAUUGAAAGCUUAAAGAAACUGAACAGGAAGAAAGAAUCAGAAAUGGUAGGCCAAAACCACCUUGUUCCCUGUACGGAGGCAACGCCGCGACUAUCGGGCCUUUGGAAACCAAAUCUUGUUUCUUUGCUGCCAUCGGUCGACUACAGGUAGGACCUUGU